AUGGUCACUCCGUUGGAUACGCUACGUGCGCAGCGUGCGGGUGCUGGGGGUCUACAUGGGGUACUGCAUGUUCAACGGAUGGUUCUUCUCAUGGCCGCUAGUUGCAUCCCGAUUGGCGCCCAUGUUGCCUCCAAGGCCGGAUCGUUUAUCCGCAUGAGCUUCAUUGGGCUCCCGACGCAGGUCUUGUACGAGGCUGGCAAGAGACCCUGGCAGCUCCAGGGCGAUUUCGAUGCGGUCAUGGCCACCGUGGGCCUAAGCACACCCAUUAAUGCGGGCUUGAGCUGGUUUCUAGCUUUCAACGUCGACACGGGUCUUGACCCGCCCUCGGCUCGUGCCUAG